AUGAAUCGCGUCGCCCGCCAGCUCUCAGGCCUGGCCGCCAGCCACCUGAGGCUGCAGGCAGCGGAGUACGCAGGCUCUGCUCCACCAGCGGCCGCCUCUGACACGGCGGAGGUGGACGCGAGCGCGGAGGAACCCGCAUCACCUGUUCCGAAGAAGUGGGACCACUGGCUGGACGUGACGGGGCGCGUGGACGGCCAGUACGAGGUGGCGAAGCAGCAGUGUUUUGCCAUCGUGGAGAUCGGGUCCCACCAGUACAAGGUCACUGCGGACGACGUAGUUUACAGCCUCUACAUCCCUGGGCUUGACGUCAAUGAUAAGGUCAACCUGAAGAGGGUGCUGCUGCUCGGCAACCCCACGGAGACUCGGAUAGGGCGGCCAGUCGUCGCCGACGCGCACUGCGAGGCCGUCGUCGAGGAAGUGUUCAAGGACGCGAAGAAACACAUCUUCCGCUUCAGAAAGAAAUCGCAUCGCAAGUACAAAACCGUGCGCCCGCUGUUCACCAAGCUCCGGAUCACCAAGGUGCACGGCAUCGACGGCUGA